GAGAGGUGCGGCUCGUUACCGGCAGGCGCGUGCCACAUCCAUCCCGCUCACCGCUUUGGUCACGUCAAAGACAUGCCCUUCGUCCUUAGAUCUGCAGCAGGUGCCUCUGCGCCUGCGUCGUGACCGUUUUGCUCCAUAAACAGCCUGAUAGCACCGGAAAGAGAGGCUUGAGGUUCAGUGACAACUCUCUCACUUUUACACACCGGGAAGCAGGUUCACCCAGAAGCCAUGACCGCCAACGACCCCCAAAGUAUUCUCUGUUAUCAGAGACCAGAUGAGGAGGUGGUAGUAGACCAGGGUGGAAUGAGCUCAGUGAUGAACAUUCAUUAUGAGAAGGAGGAGCUAGAAGGUCACAAGGCUCUGUAUGUGGGGGUUCGGAUGCAGAGGCAGAGCCAUCGUCAUCACAGGCCGCAUGGAUCCCGCCACCGCAAGAGGGACAGGCGGGCAGGAAGCAUUGCCACUCAGCAGAGUGAGGACAGUGAGGCCAGCUUCUCCACUCAUGACACGCCGUCCCAGCGAGUUCAGUUCAUUCUGGGCACAGAGGAGGAUGCUGAGCAUGUGUCCCAUGAGCUGUUCACCGAGCUGGAUGAGAUCUGUGUGAAGGAUGGCAAGGAUGCAGAGUGGAAGGAAACAGCCAGGUGGUUGAAGUUUGAGGAGGAUGUUGAGGAUGGGGGAGAGAGGUGGAGUAAGCCCUACGUUGCUACUCUUUCCCUGCACAGCUUGUUUGAGCUUCGCAGUUGCAUCAUCAAUGGCAGCGUGCUGCUUGACAUGCAUGCUGACUGCAUUGAAGAGAUUGCAGACAUGGUGCUGGACCACCAGGAGGCGUCACAUGAGCUGGAUGACACCGUAAGAGUGAGGGUCCGUGAAGCUUUGUUAAAGAGACACCACCACCAAAAUAUGAAGAAGAAAAACUUGAUUCCCAUUGUCCGUUCCAUCACAGAGGGAACUCGCAAACAGUCAGAGGCUUUCCUAUCAGCCACACUGCAUCCUGCAGGGUCAGUCACAUGUCAGCCUCCACCUGCGUCUGAACCAGCUAAGAAUGUAGCUGGACAGGACAGCUCUCAAGUGGAUCUUAGUAAGGUGGACUUACAUUUUAUGAAAAAGAUUCCUGAAGGAGCUGAGGCUUCCAAUGUGUUGGUUGGAGUUCUGGACUUUCUGGAGAGGCCAGUCGUAGCGUUCGUCCGCCUGUCCCCGGCUGUAGUGCUUACCGGACUCACUGAAGUCCCCAUUCCCACCAGAUUCCUGUUCAUUCUUCUUGGGCCUGACGGAAAGGCUCAGCAAUACCAUGAAAUUGGUCGUUCCAUGGCAACCAUCAUGACAGAUGAGAUAUUCCACAAUGUAGCAUAUAAAGCAAAGGACAGAAGUGACCUGCUUGCAGGAAUAGAUGAGUUCUUGGACCAGGUGACUGUCCUGCCACCAGGAGAGUGGGACCCCUCCAUCCGCAUCGAGCCCCCAAAGAGUGUUCCAUCUCAGGAGAAACGGAAGAUGCCAGGAGUCCCUAACGGCACACCCUGCGAGGUGGAGGAGGAACUACAUGCCGAACAACACGGGCCUGAGCUGCAGAGGACUGGAAGGCUGUUUGGCGGUUUGAUACUAGACAUUAAGAGGAAAGUUCCCUUCUAUCUAAGCGACUUUAAAGACGGCCUGAGCCUCCAGUGCGUGGCCUCUUUCCUCUUCCUGUACUGUGCCUGCAUGUCUCCAGUCAUCACCUUUGGGGGGCUCCUUGGGGAGGCAACAGAGGGACAUAUUAGCGCCAUAGAGUCCUUGUUUGGUGCAUCUAUGACAGGAAUGGUCUACUCUCUGUUUGCUGGUCAGCCUCUUACCAUUCUGGGCAGCACAGGUCCAGUUCUGGUUUUUGAAAAAAUCCUCUUCAAAUUUUGCAAGGAAUACGAUCUGUCUUAUCUGUCACUGCGGACCUGCAUUGGCUUGUGGACAGCCUUCCUGUGUUUAAUACUGGUUGCCACAGAUGCUAGUUCUCUGGUCUGCUACAUCACUCGGUUCACUGAGGAGGCCUUCGCUGCUCUUAUAUGUCUCAUCUUCAUUUUUGAAGCUUUGGAGAAGCUGUUCUAUUUGGGAGAACAGUACCCUUAUAACGCUCACAGCGAUUUGGACAGACUCACUCUGGCACACUGUAGGUGUGCAGAACCAGAUAAUCCACGUAAUGAAACUUUGAAGAUGUGGAGUGAUAGAAACAUCUCAGCCUCGUCUGUAUCCUGGGACAAUCUGACUGUCAAGGAGUGCAUCAGCCUGCAUGGCCAGUUUGUUGGGACAGCGUGUGGUCAUCAUGGCCCGUAUACCCCCGAUGUCCUCUUUUGGUCUGCUAUCCUGUUCUUCUCAACGUUCUUCAUGUCUGCCUCCCUCAAACAGUUCAAGACCAGCCGGUAUUUUCCAACCAAGGUGCGCUCUGUGAUCAGUGACUUUGCAGUGUUCCUCACUAUUGUCAUUAUGGUGCUGCUCGACUUUGUCAUUGGAGUUCAGACACAGAAGUUAAAGGUUCCCAGCAAGUUUCAGCCAACCAGAGAUGACCGUGGUUGGUUCAUCAGUCCAUUAGGACCCAAUCCCUGGUGGACAGCUAUAGUUGCCUGUUUUCCUGCUCUUUUGUGCACCAUUCUCAUCUUCAUGGAUCAACAGAUAACAGCCGUCAUCAUCAACCGUAAAGAGCACAAACUUUUGAAAGGCUGUGGGUACCAUCUGGAUUUGUUAAUGGUGGGCGUAAUGCUGGCGGUGUGCUCCAUUAUGGGUUUGCCAUGGUUUGUGGCAGCAACCGUGCUGUCCAUCUCUCAUGUCAACAGUCUGAAGCUGGAGUCAGAGAGUGCAGCUCCUGGAGAGCAGCCUCGCUUUCUGGGCAUCAGAGAGCAGAGACUCACCGGCCUGCUUAUCUUUCUGUUGAUGGGCUGCUCUGUGUUCAUGACCAAGGCUCUGCAGUUUAUUCCCAUGCCGGUGUUGUAUGGUGUUUUCCUUUACAUGGGAGCUUCUUCAUUAAAAGGAAUACAGUUUUUCGACCGUCUGAAGCUGUUUGGGAUGCCAGCAAAGCAUCAGCCAGACUUCAUUUACCUGCGUCAUGUACCUUUAAGGAAGGUGCAUCUGUUUACCGUCACCCAGCUCACCUGCCUGGUUCUGCUCUGGGUCAUCAAGACGUCCCCUGCUGCCAUCGUCUUCCCCAUGAUGGUUCUGGCUCUGGUUUUCAUUAGAAAGCUGCUGGACUUGUGUUUCUCUAAACGGGAACUGAGCUACUUGGAUGACUUGAUGCCUGAAUGGAAGAAAAAAACCCUUGAUGAUGCCUCCAAAAAGAUGCAAGAGGAAUCACAAGUCAUGCUCACUUCAACCAAUCAAGAUCCAUCUGUUGUUCAGAUUCCCCUGGAGACCACAAAGCCUUCUCAGAAUCCAAAAGCACAUGAUCCCAGGUGUGAUCCCUCUGACAUUAACAUAUCUGAUGAAAUGUCUAAAACCACCAUGUGGAAAUCUCUCAACUCCAAUCAGAAGGACAUUCGUCCUGUUAUAAAAAAGGAUUGAAGGGAUCACAUUCAUCGAUGAGUAAGGAGAAACAAGCAGACACAGUUCUGUUCGUCUGUCCAAAACUACUGGGCUGUAAAGUUAAGUUCUAGUUCCUGCACAAUCAAGUCCUAACUCCUGGCCUCCAACAUUCAUUUCUGCACAAACAAAUCAAAUGAUGCAGUUCUCCUGUGUGUCUACUUACAUAAGCCAAAACCUUAACUCAAACAUUAACUCAUGACCAAAGCAGCAGCAUCAGACUAUGCAUGCACAAAUGCUUGUUCAAACUGCUAGAAUACAUCAUCUUUGAUUCCAAAACAGAAUUUUUAACUCUUAUUCUUUGGAAAGAAAAUGAGAAAUUAUGAAAACAUUAUGGCGUGUACUCACGUGUUUCAUAUAGAACAAUUUGACACCGUUGUGUCAUAGCAACGGACUUUUGUCGAAAUAAGUGUUACCGUUUUUUAAUUUUCUUCCUGUUAUCAUGCAUUAGUAAGUUACAGCAUUUACACAGAUUUGUUUUGACAACUCAUUUUACUCUUAUAUGAUAUUAAUAAAUGAUAUAUUAUAUAAUUCCUUACAAAAAGGAAUUUGAAAGGAAGUGCAUGUCCUGCCAACACCAGCUGACGUCAGAAACUAACACUAUACCGCAGCAGCUACAACAAAAGAAACUCUGUCUCUGGAUCUCUGUAAGAUCGAAUCAUAAAAUCUUCUGCUGAACAUGCAAAAUCUCAAAAACGUUAAGAGCACCACAGCAUCAACAGUGUAGAGCGAUUCACAUUUAGUUUUAUUUCAUUUUUUGCGUAACCUAGCUAAACAUCUUUCCUCCAUAAACUGACUCAAAGUCUACUGCUCUGACAGCAGAAGAGAAAAACUGAAGAAAUAUUUUUAUUUCAUCAUAAAGGAAUGAAGAAAUAACAUUUGACAGGAAGUUUACUUUACCUGGCAGCAAUAAAAUGUUAGCAUUAUAGCACAUGCUAAUAUUAUAUGUAAAUCAACAGCUUAUCAGCUUUGCAUUUAAAAUAAAAGCAACUAAUUGCACUCUUAGGGACGGUCAUCCUGUAACCAGGUUUUAGUUGAGAUUACACUUAAAACGUCAGAUGAGAAACAGGAAGUUCCAUUCGACUCACCUGAUACAGGUGUGAAAAGUCUCCUGGCUAGUUUACCUGAAGGUUUGGAUCCACUCAGACACUUUGAUAGGCGGUGAGAACAAGCAGGAAAGAUCCAUAAAACUAAAAAUAUUCAUUUGUUUCUUAAAAUAACAUUUUAUUAAUGCAUCUACAAACUUUUUGUUUAUUUUCAGUGAUGACAAAAAACGUAAAAGGAAAGAACGUUUGAUUUCUGUGUUUUAAUCCUUUGCUGUUUUAGCCAUUUGUUUUGGAAUGAAGAACUAUGAAGAACUACAUUUUUUCUUCCGUGUUCUGUCCUACAAUUCCAAAAAGUCACUUUACCUCGAUGCCCCUGGAAACAAACCACCUUAAAGGACGUCACACACUGGCAGUUAAACAACUGCAUCUGCAAGUGUGGACGACCGGAUGAGCUUCAAACUAGGCCUUCAAAGUUAAAUAAGUGAACCUAAAGAAUAUCGUAUUUGUGUUCGGGUGUCUCUUCUGGUACGUGUUAUUCAUCAUUUUUGGGUUGCACUGAGGAUUUUAAAGCAAUCAGUUAGUUUUAUCAAGUCUAAAAUGCAAACAGAACUAAGUAAAAAUGUAUCAAGGUAUUCUUCACCUGUCCAAUAAUUUUGGGGAAUUUAGAUUUGGAGAGAUUAAAAUAAAAAAGUGAAAAAAGAAUUUUGGGACCAAAAACAAUCCAAUGCAGCAGUAUAGGAAGAUUAACGAGGGCCGGAAUAAUUUUCGAUUACAGGUAUUAGGGUUGUUUCGUUUCAGCUUCAGUUCAGUUUCUAUUGCUAUGAUGUUUUGUUUUAAGCUAAACUUGAACAUAAAAUAUUGCCCUGUUGUAAAACCUAAGUCUCUUCUUCCUCUUUUGGCUUCUCCCAUCCGGGGUCGCCACAGCGAACAAGUUGUAAAACCUAAGUCUAAUCUAAUUUAUUAUCUUUAUUGUGGGUCAAAUGUGGAUCUUCUCUGGCUGGUUUCACACACUUGUUUCGCUUUAAAAAAAAGGAUGACCAGAUUGUUGUUCAGCCAAAGCAAAGAAUUUCUUUUUUAAAGCACUUUCUGUAGAUAAAGAAACGACUCUAUUUUUUUCUAGAUCUUUGCUUUCUUUUAGAAUUCAUUUAACAAAAAUACAAAGUUUAAAAACAAAUAAAUAUUACGUAUUUUUGAUGCAAAAUGAUUUUAUUUUAUGAAUAUUCCAUAAAUGCAAGGAAAAGUAGAAGAAAGAGAAGACUUACUGAUGCUCAUCUGAACGAACUCCUGCUGAAAUGCAACCAAUGAAUCAUUUCAACCAAAGGACUGAUGCUUAAUUUAGUCUGUAAAAACUCAAGUAUUUAUAUUUUUCCAUGUCUUGGUAUGUAAACAUUUACAGUUUAGGAUAAAGUUGCACAUAUACUGAGAUAGUUGUACUUUCACCACAUGCUUGAUAUUGUUUCCUUUCUAAAUAGAUUCUUCUGAAAUGUAUGCAAACUAAUAAUUAUGAGUUUAUACUUCCCCGUUUUAUGUCUUCCAUUGCUGUCUUUUCUGUUGAAACCACUUAAAGCAAAAUUCACAGCGGUUAAACCCCCUGGUUAAGAUGUGUGGCUCCACCUAAUUGAAGAAUGUUACCCUUCUGAAGUGUAAUCAUGUCAACCUUCUUUAAAAGGAUCAUCUGUUGAGAUGGGGACCCUGCAGCUCACAGAAAUAAGCAACAUUUGUUUGCUUUGUAAAUAAAUGUACAAAGUGAAAGCGUGGGAGAAAUCCAGUGGUGCAAAUGAAGGGAAUGAUUAUUAGCUACUUAUGUGAGUUUAAAGACUAAAAGGCACAACAAUUUGAAUUUCUUUGAAUUAACUUAACCUUAAACUAAGCUUGGAACUCAUUCUUGUGGAUGUGGAUGUAUGCUAAACAUACAAUGAACUGCCUUGAUUAUACUGUGAGUAGACUACAUAUACUGUAAACUCAGUGCAUAGAGGUCAAUUAUUUAGAUGGAUGUAUUGAACAAAUCUAUUUGCAGUAGAUAGAAUGUUUCCUAAUAUGCCGUAUUUCCUCUUACAUUCAUACACAUCUGGAUUUCUAAAGGCUGACUUUUUCAGAGUUAUGGGAUGUGAAGUGUGCUUUAAAAAGUUUUUAUUUUGGAUAAUCUUUAUUUGGAGUUCUUUAGCGUCCUUAUCUUUGUGUUAGACAGUAAAAUCAGUGCGUGUCCUCCUGAAUGCGUCGUUCAGAGUGACAGGAUGUGAGGUGAUGGAGUGAGAAAACAGGAAGCUGAAACGUCAUCCUCUCUGGAGCCAUAGAAAGUGUUAGACCGUGUGUCUUUACACAAUAAUUAUUCUGGAACAAAAAUGUUUGUUUUUAUAUUCAUGUGUAAGUUAUGAUUUGAAUAUUUGCACUAGGAAAAUAAACAAAAGUUAAAGAUGCA